UGGGCGUGGCGUGGCCAAAUGGGCGUGGUUUGGUUAAAUAGGCGGGACAGGCUACUUCCUAGUUCCAUACUUUGCGCAGUUUGUAUGCGGUGUUAUAACACAUAAACAUGGCAAUAAGUUUAGUUUAGGCGUUGUGUAAUGUUUAUAAUAUCGGUGUUAAGUAGUUUAGGUUUUCUGAAAACUUUCCUCCAGCUCCCUUUGAGACCCUCGGACUUGUGCAGAAGAAGAAGACGAAGAAGAAGGUCGGAAUGUAGCUCGAGGUGGGGGUUCUGCCAUGAAGACCUCCGUGUUCCCGGGUUACUCGUGUCUGGACUUCGUGUUCAGCCUGCUCGGGGUGUGUACCUACCUGUUUGACGUGGGGUCGGACCUGUGGCUGGGGCAGGAGUUCCUCCGGCAGGGGCACUUCUUCUGGUUCGGCUCGCUGAUCGGGUUCAUGCUGACCUCCUCCGUGCUGGUCCAGAUGUUCAGCUGGUUCUGGUUUAAAUCCGACCUGGAGCUCAGAAACUUCCAGAGCAAACACAAGCACAUGGUCCUGUUCGGCAGUGACAGACACCUGAGGCUCACCUGCGUCCUGCACGUGUGUCAGCUCGGCUUCUUCUUCAGGCUGGUGUCAGGAGUCUGGCAGGGCUUCUGCAUCUGGUGGCGAGGACAACCGGGCUCGGAGUACGCCACCUACCUGACCCAUGACCUCAGCAUGCUGCGCCUGUUCGAGACGUUCUGCGAAAGCACGCCGCAGCUCUCGCUUAUGAUCUACAUCAUGAUCUACAAUAAUCACGCCAGGACCAUCCAGUAUGUGAGCGCGAUUGCUUCUACCAUUUCAAUAGCCUGGAUGGUGGUGGACUACCACCGCUCGCUGCGUUUCUUCCUUCCCGAAAAGGCCAAACAGUCAUGGCUGUCCUCUGCUGUCUACUUCCUGUGGAACCUCUUCCUGAUUGGCCCACGCGUCGUAUGUGUGUCCCUCUUCACCUCCGUCCUGUCUUGUUAUGUUUUCCUUCACUUCCUCUUACUUUGGCUUGGGUUUGUAUUCUGGGCCUAUUGGCAGGACACCAAAUUCAUGGACAGCAAAGCCAGAGAGUGGCUCUACCGCGGCACUGUAGGCCUCAUCUGGUACUUCAGCUGGUUUAAUGUAGCGGAAGGUAGGACCAGAGGCAGGAGCAUCAUCUACCACACGUUUAUCCUGAUAGACAGCACAAUCCUGAUGGUCACAUGGUGGUACCUCAGAGAUCCAGAAAAAAGCCAAGACUAUUCCCUUAUCCUCCUUAUCCUCAUCCCGCUUGUCUGUCUGUUCGGUCUGUUGCUUAAAAUGCUUUAUUACUGCUGCUUUCACCCCAGGCUGGGCACGGAGAAUGUUCCAGAUAUGCCUGAUAAUCUGGUGACUGGGUUUAUGGCCAUCGAGACGGACUUACCUAAAUCAGAGGUCCUUAACAAGAGAAUGGCCCGGCACGCUGCGAACUUUUACAACACAGAGAAAGGACUAAAGGACAGUGGGGUUAUUUGAGAAUACGAGAAUGUGGAAGUUACAAAUGAAACUGGUUGGUGUUCAAACAGGUGGAGUUGCACUCACUCACUCUCUCAUUCCCUAUACCUCUUAUCCUGUACAGGGUCAAGCCAGGGCCUGGAGACUAUUCA